GUAAAUUUUAUAGGAAAAAAUGUUAAAAUAAAAAUAGUUUUCUGUGACUGCAUUGUCCCUAUACGAUGCAUAUGAAGAUAUCACAUUCUAGUCCCCAGAGGUUUUAUCUCAAAGAGCUCUUGGAACGAGAAUGGAAGAUUCCCAUUAUUUAGAUGUUAAUUUAUUGAUUUUUUUGGGUUGUUGUUUUUAUGUAAGUUUCUUCGUACUAGAAGAUCUGUUUUGGACACACCGAGUGGUUGCAGGCAAAUUGGAAUUUAUAUUGCUUUUCUUAUAUUUACUCAACUUUUCUAGGGAAUGUAUUUAAAACAAAAAGCAGAACCUGGUAGUCCAACAGAUUGUUGUAAAUGUGAAAAACUUCCAUAAUGGAUUGUUUGGUGAACUGUCAUAUCGAGACUUGCAAAAACACCUCGCUUAACACUUGCUGUGCAGGGCCGUGGUCACACGUUUUAAAACAAAGAUAUCGAAUGGGGACUUGAUUGUGACUAGUUUAACCACAAUGGUGACAAACGCUAAAUACAGAUUUUCAAUGCCGAGAUGCCUUCCCAUGAUGCAACGUAACAUAAUGCAAAAAGUAACUUAAACUACAAAGAUAUAUGGGAUUUAGAAAACGGAAUUAGACUGUGUAUGCACUUGGAGGGGAGUGUUGACAGAGUUACGAUCUUGAUUGGCAUACGCAUAUUGGGAAAAAGCCUAACCUUUUGCAGUUUUGGGCUAAAAAUGGCAAUAUCGUGAAAGUUUCUCCGUUUAAAGUAACUAUAAACUUUGGAAAUAAGUUAUAAAAGAACUCUAUUUUACAAAAAUCAAAUCAAUAAUAGAUGUUUUUAAUAAUGGUUAAAGCUAAUAGUUAAAUUUGGUUUUCGUGAAGCAUGGUUUUCGUUAUGCUGAAUAUGAUAAAAUAAUAAAUAUGUUUAUUGUAGAAAUUAGUCAAGCCUAACCAUUAUUAGAAGUGAAGUUGCUCGAUAUUAUGUUACUGGGUUUGUGUUUUAAAUAGUUGUCAAAAUUCGCAUUUAAUGUGAAGCUUGCAAUCACAAAAUAUUUUUGUCACCAUCAAUAAUGGUUAGUGAUUUUUAAUUAUUUUUUUCUGCAAUGACUUUGCUAUCUGCAAACAGUAGAACCUACCUAUCUAGCUGACUCAUUUUUUCACUUUAAGAAUAAAUAGUUUUUUAAAAGAGCCUAGCUGUUGAGGCUAAAAUCUUGCUAAAAAUUAAGAACAUGUUAAGAACAUGUUAAGAAAAUAAUCUCAGCCGGCGCACCAACGUCGCAGAGACGUCGUAGCAGCGUCAAGUUUUACGUCAGUCAGUGCGACAUCCGCUUAACGUCAGAAUGUCUGUACCACGUCAAAGCACAACGUCCUAUCGACGUCGUGGCUACGUUGUAUAGACGUUUGCCGACCUUUUACAGACGUAUAACUUCGAAGUUAACCGACGUUACAGCGACUUAGCUGCGAUAUUAGCAGACGUAACAAAGAGGCUCUUUAAAAUAAAAAGUGAUUUUUAAAAUUAUUUUCUUUUAUAAUCAACUAGUACUCACACUCGUUAAAUUACACUAGUAUCAGAAGACACUUGAUAACUCUUCAAAUGACAUGUUCAUGUGAACGUAUGUUAAUACUUUAAAGAAACGUAUACAUGGUGAGUAGGAAUUCUUAAGGCUAUUUUUCACUUCAAACAAACUUUCCGCGAAACGGACAGGAACAGAAUAAAACAGAAAAUUUUCGGCUAGUAGUUUCCAUUUCAUAAUAUUACAAACAUUUCAAUACUUAAAAUAAACAAACUUUGUCAAAUUCUCACGAAAUAAAAUAAUCUGAUUGGUUAACAAAUUUUUUACCUGUUGUUUCCGUACAGAACGCCUAGAAAAAUUUAAACUCGAUUCUACUUUGCUCGGAACGGAACGGAAAGGAAAAAAUUCCCUUUACGUGUUGUGAACAUUUUAAGUACGCAUACUCAGAAGCCUUUUUGGUUUCUUACCGUUCCUUCUGCGAAAAAUUUUCUUAGAAUAGAAAACAGCUUACAUGAAACCUUCUCCAACUAAAUUAUCGGAUUAAAAUAAUUUCUAAAAUUACUAAUUAUAUAGAACAUCUUUCUUUUCUUUGUACUGCUAUACAUUGAAAAAAGUUCACUUCAAUAUCAAUUAUUUCUUCCAAAUUUAAAACUUACUAUUUCCUAUUUUCCCCGUGUUUUGAAAAAACACAUAAGACCAUUUGAGGCUGGAAUGGUAAUAAUAACUACAUUCAACCAUAGCUAAAUUUUAGACCUUGUAUAUAUAUAUAUAUAAAGAAUUGGUGCGCUGCCAUAUAUUUGUAAACAUUAAAUGGCGUGUUAGCUAUCUGUUAUAAAAAAUGUGAUCGGUAAUUCCUAGUUUUAUGUCUGUUUGAAGUGUUUAGCGUUUCAAAAAAGCUUACCUCCAUACUAUAUCCUCUUUGAACAUUAUUAUUAUAAAAAACUAGUCAUCCUAAAAAAAAUCCAAGUGUCUUUCCUGUUUCCGUAGAAUACAACUUUUAUCUGUAAAGAGACAAGUCGGUAGCCCAUAGAUAGUUUUACGAGUCGUCUGUCCUUUAUUUAUCACUUACCAUGGUUCCGUAGCGCAGUUAUAAAACCGUGCCAUCGCUACCGUGGUACCAUUUUGCACAGAGACAAGAAAACAAUGCAAAGCUAUCUAAUUUUUAGUGAAAGGUUAUUUCAUACAUUAUGAUUGUACCAUUUACAUGAGGCUAAAAGUUUAGAAGCUUCCGUGGAGAAAAUAACGUUAAUCUCUUUGUUAUUAACAACGUAUUUUGAUCUGAUUAUACAGUUUCGUUGAAUGAAUAAGAGUUUCGUAGCACUUUUUUAACAACCACAAUUUCACGAAUAUGUGGAUAAUAACUUCUUUGAAGUUGCUCGUUAAUACAAUUAUUGCGUUUCAGGUACAGGUAGUACGAUCAAGCUCUUCACUUUUUUUGUACACUGCUAUUACGAUUUUGUUAGGUAAGUUAUGUUAAAGGUUUUCCUUUUUAUCAGUUUCGUACCCAGGAUAUUUUCCUCUGUCCAUGUUGUGUCACAAAUUAGGGCGUUGGGCCGUCCGAAGCACAGAAAGUUAACUAAAAGAAAUACCAUCCUCACGGCAACCGAUUGUGAUGACCACAAUUUUUUACGAAUACCAUCUUCUCUAAGACUACAAUCAUUGACAAAAUGAAUGACACACAGACAGUUUUUUGUUAUUCUUCAAACACAGCUAGAAGGAUGAAAUGGUCCCGACUCUGCAGCCAGCUGGUUGCUAAGGCGCUAUUUUGCGCACACGUAAGACAGAGCGUGUAAAAUUUGCUAAUGGAAUUUUUUAGCGCGCCCUCACAACGAAAAAAUCCACGUCGGUGCUCACGAAGGUCGUGAAAUCCGAGAACAUACUCGUGCUGACGUCAGCAACUUUUAGCAUCCUGUUUCAUUAUAUGAUAAUGUAGUUAUUUUCACACAUAAAAGACGUACUUAAGAAAGGUUUAUUUGAUGCUACAUAUGACCUGACCUGUUUCUAUCUUUCAUAUUCAAUGCUCAACAUAGCACGACACUUGCUCAACAUUGUACAACUUUACGCCUUUUUGUAUUGUGGGAGAUCUACAAUAAAGUUAUGAAGAAUCAAGCAAGUAUUUUAGCUCGUGUUGAGAGCAAAACAUUAGAUAAAUAGAAACGUAAGAGAAUGUGUUCAACACACUAAAUAACCCUUUAAAAGGUCAACAAAAGUGAAACCUCGUUUUAUGUUUAAUUAACGUUAUUUUUUGGCUUAAAAAACAAAAUAAGUUACAAUCUUUGGUUUACAGCAAGGUGCAUUCUCAUCUCCACAUCUUUUGCAAUAAACUUCAAAAAUACAAUCGAAGUUUAUUUCAAAGAGCUCUGCGCACGAAAAAGGCGAAUAACUGUUUAAAUAUUUUUCAGAAAAAAGAAAGAAGUAUUAAAGAAUAAAUUCUGGUAAAAAGAUAGGAACUAUUUUUCUAUUUUAAUGAUCUUAUUGCUUCCAUCAGCGCAGGUUUGUCGUGCAAAGGAAGGAAAAUAUGCUUCACUUGGUUAUCCAUGUCUUGCUGACACAACACAGCCUAAAAAACCGCAAGACGGUCCGUGGCCACCGGAAGGUUGCCACACGGCGCAGUGUAUUGGAGUGGGCGUAGCAAUGAUGAGGGUAUGUCCGAUCAGCGGAUCGGCUUGUGGUCCAGGAAUGUAUUUAAAGUUGAACAUUGAUGCUUCAGCACCAGCAGACUGUUGCAUGUGUCAACCAGGUGAGGAAGGUCUGAGUCAAACAACCUAUUCUGAUUGUUUCAAUGAAUAGAGCAGCUAUGAUUAAAUAAAGGUGGGCUUGAUGUCAAUGUGAAAGACCAUAAAAGCUGAUGAUGGUUGACCAAAUUUCCGCUUAUCUUCACCCAUUACAAAUUUAUUUUACCUAAUGUUAAAAAUUUAUAAAAUACAGUCAUUUUCAAUCUGCAAAUGUAGCCUUGCUUAAUUUGUUUUUGAGCUAAAAAGAAUUAUAUACCCAUCUGUUUGCUUCGUUUUUUUUGUUAAUAUAGUUGGUGGCUAAUUACACAGAUGGUAGCUACAUCGUAGACUUGAUUGCAACAACAAGAUGAACGAAAAAAAUAUCCGUACAAGAUGUUGUCGCAACAAAGCCAGAGCAAAGACUUGUUUAAUGAAACACUAUUUUAAUAUCGCUUAAGUAUUGACCGCAACACGUAAAACAACACCCAAGGGAAAUAUUGCAUGCUGGAAUUGGAAGACAAUGUCUGAAGUGAAGCAUGCCAUACUUCCUCUUUGCUAUUUAUAGACGUGCAUUUUAAAUCGGAUAUCUACUAUAAAUAAUCUUUUUUCUUAGCAUUUUUUUAUCGAAGAAUUACCUGAGGAAAUUCCCAGGACCGGAAACAUGGGUUUUAAAAUGGCUACAACAUGCAUCCACCACCAUUUGGCGCCAAAAGUUUUCUACAAUAAGUCACAUUAUUACGGCGCGGUAAGGUCCGUCUGAAUUUAGUUGGAAGAAAAAUGUCAUAAUGACGGCGAAUGUUUUGGUGUAGCGAAAUAGAUAAACAGUUGUAUGUUGCAAUAAUACGUAGCUGCUUUACUUCAUGUGCGUUUCCAUUUCAAGGUUCAGAAAGAGAACAAUAAUUUUUGAAUGUUUGCAAACUGCUCACUUUUUAAAAUUUUAGCAAAAAAGUAAGGAGGGUGCUGGUACCACUGCAACACCACACACCACCUCUUUGGCGUUGCUGGCUCUAGAAUCCUCACUGGUUUAUUUUACAAUUACGUAGAAAUUUUCUUUUGUAUAUUUUUUAUUUAGUGUUCAUACUUAAAAUGUUUUCGUAUUGGAUAACAUUAACGUAUCCGUCCCAUUGUCUCUUCAUGUCCUGUGACGCUAGAUCAAGGUUUAGGGUUGUAAAAUGCUUUGUAAAGGAAACUUCAAUAAUCUAUCUAUCUAUUUUCUAUCUAUCUACCUCUCACAAAAGAAGCAUUUAACAUGCAGCCACCAGUUA